CCCUACCCUUGCCUGGUUUGGUUCACUCUUUUGCUUCGGGGGAUGCAAGUGCAACGUUGCAACUCUCAAAGCUGCAAUUUCUGCUCUGCAACCCCAAAAAAACAAUUAUACUAUUCUUCCCUCUCCCUCUCUCUCUGCUGUAUUCCAACCAAUACACACACACUACACUACACUACAACACUACACUGCUGCACUAGUUAGUGUCUACUACACAUGCCCCUCUGCUGCUGCUGCGCCUCCCUGCCUUCUUUUUCGUCACCCAACAUAAUAAGAAGGCCGAGUUAUACUUAUUCCUCCUCGCUUUCAUUCAAUAUAUUCCUCCACGCCUGCUCCUGCUCCUUCACCUGGGAUUCAUUCUUGGAAGCCUACUAAGUUAGAGGAGGAAGAAGAAGUAAAAAUGAUAAGCGGGUCUGAUUUCUACCAUGUCAUGACUGCAAUGGUGCCACUAUAUGUGGCCAUGAUCCUGGCUUAUGGGUCCGUCAAGUGGUGGAAGAUCUUCACCCCAGAUCAGUGCUCCGGGAUCAACCGCUUCGUGGCGCUCUUCGCCGUCCCGCUGCUGUCUUUUCAUUUCAUAGCUAGCAAUGAUCCGUACGCCAUGAAUCUGAGGUUCAUCGCCGCUGACACUCUCCAGAAGGUGGCUGUUCUUGCGCUUCUCGCGGUUUGGGCCAAUGUCUCCAAAAGGGGUGGCCUGGAAUGGAUGAUUACCAUCUUCUCCCUCUCCACUCUGCCCAACACCCUGGUCAUGGGCAUCCCUCUGCUCAAGGGGAUGUACGGGGACUACUCCGGCAAUCUGAUGGUGCAGGUAGUGGUGCUCCAAUGCAUAAUCUGGUACACGUUGAUGCUCUUCAUGUUCGAGUACAGGGGCGCCAAGAUGUUGAUUUCUGAGCAGUUCCCUGAGACUGCGGGCUCCAUUGUCUCCAUCCACGUCGACUCUGAUGUCAUGUCACUGGAUGGGCGGCAGCCAUUGGAGACCGAGGCGGAAAUCAAGGAUGAUGGGAAGCUGCAUGUCACUGUGAGGAAAUCCAACGCCUCCAGAUCAGACAUUUUCUCCAGGAGGUCAAUGGGAUUCUCUUCCACCACUCCCAGGCCUUCCAAUCUCACCAAUGCAGAGAUUUACUCUCUCCAGUCUUCCAGAAACCCAACCCCAAGAGGCUCCAGUUUCAACCACACAGACUUCUACUCCAUGAUGCAGGGGGGAGGGGGAGCAGGAGGAAGAAACUCUAAUUUUGGGGCAAAUGACGUGUAUGGCAUGUCGGCUUCGAGAGGGCCGACUCCAAGGCCAUCAAAUUUCGAGGAGGAAAGUGGGAACAAGUCGAGAUUCUACCAUGGAACCAAUGCUAACAGCACUGCCACGGCCACCACCACUACACAUAAUAAUAAUAAUAAUUAUCCACCUCCAAAUCCAGACAUGUUUUCACCUGCCAACAUGGCUUCUUCUAAACCAGCAGCAGCGAAGAAGGCGAAUGGGAAGAACGAAGAAGGUGGGAAAGAUCUCCACAUGUUUGUGUGGAGCUCAAGUGCGUCUCCUGUUUCUGAUGUGUUUGGAGGACAUGAUCAUUACGAGCAUCAUCAUGCCAAUGGUAAAGAGGUCAGAGCUGCUGUUUCUCCCGGUAAAGUGGAAGGACAGAGAGAGUACAGCAACCACCAAGAGGAGUUCUUGGGGAGGGAUGAGCUAAGCUUUGGGAACAGAGGAGGUGGGGAAAGGGAGAAUGAAGGUGGGGAGAAAGGAGAGGGGGAGGAGGAGAACAAAGUGAAGGUGAUGCCUCCCACAAGUGUAAUGACAAGGCUCAUUUUGAUCAUGGUUUGGCGGAAACUCAUCAGAAAUCCCAACACUUACUCUAGCUUAAUUGGCCUCACAUGGUCCCUCGUUUCCUUCAGGUGGCAUGUCCAAAUGCCAGCCAUAAUAGCAAAGUCGAUCGCCAUACUCUCUGAUGCAGGACUUGGGAUGGCCAUGUUCAGCCUAGGAUUGUUCAUGGCAUUGCAGCCGAGGAUCAUAGCAUGUGGGAACACGGUGGCAGCUUUUGCAAUGGCUGUGAGAUUCCUAACAGGACCAGCUGUCAUGGCUGCCGCUUCCAUUGCUGUUGGCCUUCGUGGCGAUCUCCUCCGCAUCGCCAUUGUCCAGGCUGCUUUACCCCAGGGGAUUGUCCCAUUUGUUUUUGCCAAGGAAUACAACCUACACCCUGAUAUUCUCAGCACUGCGGUCAUAUUUGGAAUGCUCAUCGCUCUCCCCAUAACGCUUCUCUACUACAUUUUGCUCGGCCUAUGAACUAACUCACUCUCCUUCCAGCUGGACCAAAUUAUUGAAGUAUAUAUACAUAUCUAUAUAUCAAUUAUGUAAAAGAUCAUGAAAGGGGAGAGGAGGUGCAGGAGGAAUUGCAUUGCAGCUGAUAUAUGAUGAUGAGCCUAGUAGAUUAAUUCAAUUAGAGAUUUAACUGAUGAUCCAUUUGCAUCGACGCAUGCAUGCCACGCCCUACCUACCCUCAUUUGCACCUUUUUUUUUUGUCUUUUCUCACAUGGCAAUGUUAAAUGAUGGUAUUAUAUCAUAUGAUGUCUGUCCUAGUUAUUUUUCUGUGCAAAUUUCAUUAAUAGAACGAACGAUCGAACGAUCCCUCCGGUUUCUGUUUUCCAGUGCCUCAGUCGUGUUUUAGUUCAGAAAUUCUUGUAGACUGACUUUUACUUAACUACGAGGAAUAUAAAUACCAAGAGUGAGUAUUUCAUCGUGUAAUUGUU